GGUGUCGGCGUCGGGUGCGCCUAUGACACCUGGGGGCUGCCACAGCACGACAAAGCCUGGGUAAAAAGCAGGCAGGGCGGUGUAGGGCAACGCUGCGACGGCGUACAAGCCGUAUAAAGUCAAGGGGCAGCGUCGGGCCGGCGCCAGGCAGCUUUUGCGGCCGGCCGCUGCAGCAAUCUAGUAUGUUUAUACUGUCAAAAAAGCUCUUUUGCAUCACAGUUGAUAUUGAAACCAAAUCAUGGGGCCCCCACCGGGGGAUCCAGGCUCCCCGGAGCCCCCACCGGCGCCCGGCCAGCGGCGCAGCCCGGCGCCGCCACCCAUGCCAGCCCAUGCUGUUCAAAUGCAGCCCGAAAGCAUACGUGCCCGUGAGCUGCGCGCCGCGCAAGCACAAAACAACGCCUCGGACGAGUCCGACGGCGCCCUGACGCCUCCGAAACCGCGGGUCCUCCCGCCCGUGCCGUCGCCGCGGUCCGCGCCGGCCGCGGACCGCCUCGCCGCGGAGAACGCGAUGUUGAAAGCCGCGCUGGAGAAUGCAAGGAAGACCAUCCACGACGCGGCCGCGGAGCGCGACGACCUAAGAAAGCGGGCCACGGAAGAAAUAAAUGCCAUGCGAGCCUCGCUCGACGCCGAACGCGCGGAGCUGCGCGAGGCCUCCUACACGAAGGCCGCCCUGUUGCGCCGGUCCGAGCCGCACGCGGACCUGGCGGAAGCAUUACAAUCUCUAGAAGCGAUGAAGGCCGGGGCCGCCGCGCGGGAUGCAAGGGACGCGGCGGCCAAGAGCGCCCUCGCCGACGAGGUGAGCGCUUUGAAGGCUUCUGGAAGAGCCGCGGCGCGGCUCCAGGCCGACCUCGCGGCCGCCCACGCCGAGCUCGAGGCGGAACGCCAGGGGCGGGCCGCGCAGACCGGCGCGUUCCGCGCGCAGCUCGACGACAUACGGGCCGCCAAGGAGGAGGCCUGCCGCGACGCCGUCGACUGGGCCGAGGAGUCAUCCAGGUUCAAGGGCGAGGUCACGGCGUUGCUCACGAAGUGUCAGAAACUCGAGGAGGACAAGGCGGCAGCCAUCGAAUCGAAUGGUGGAUUGGAGGCCGACCUCGCCGCCGCGCGCCGCGAGACGGAUGAGGUAACGGGGCGUUUAGAUGGCGCCGUCGCGAGCCUGGCGCAGGCCAAGACGGAGCAGGAGCGGUUGUACGCCGAAACGUCGAGCCUGAAGCGCGACCUCGCGGCGACGAAGGCGGACCUGGUCCAAUCAAAGGCCGACGCCGACGCGGCCCGGGACGCGCGCGACGCCGCGAUCGCGGACGCGCGCGCCGCGGCCAGGCGCUUCUCCCAAGAACUCGCGGCGGCGCGGGCCUCGGGCGAGACGCAGGCCGCCGCCGACGCGCGGGCCGCGGCGGAGCUCCAGCGCGACUUGGUUGCCGCGAAGGCCGCGCUCGACGUCGCGCGCACGCCGCCGGCGUCGCCGAACCCGCGCCUGUCCCAGCUCGAGGCCCACGCCGACGCCGCCGACGAGGCGCGCGACGCGGCCCUCGCCGAAUGUGUCCAGCUCCGCAAGAAGCUCUCUUCGUUGGAGGUGGACCGCGACGAAUUACAAGCGGGCCGGGAGACGAUCAAAGGCAAGGCCGCGAACCUCCAGCGGCGCCUGACGGCCCUCGAGGCCGAGCUGGCGGCGGCGCAGGAAGCGCACGAGGCCCGGCUCUCAUCAUUAGCCGAGGAGCGCGACCGGCGCGUCGGCGACGAGCGCGACCGCGUCGCUUCUUUAAGGCGCGAGCUCGCCGGGUCUAUAGCAGAUCGCGACGACCUCCGCGCGUCCGUCGACGUCCUGAAGCGGCGAAGUGAUACGCUCGAGAAGCAGCUGCGCGAGGAGCGCGCCGCGGCCGAAGUAGCAUCGGACCAAUUGAAGGAGGACCGCGAGCGGAGUUUGAGCGAGGAGCGCGCCGCCGGCGAGGCGACGGCCCAGAAACUGCGACGGGACCUCGACGCGAAGCAGGCCCAGCUCGACGAGGCCAACGCUUUAUUACUGAGCGGCCCCGCGCCGCGCGAGGCCGACGCGCCGGCCGUCGCCCGCCUCAAGGCCGAGCUCGCGACGGCGUCCGAGGCCCUGGACCGCAUGACCGUCGAGGCUGCCGACGCCGGCCACAGCGCCACGAACUUGAGGCGGGACGUCGAGAGCGAGCGCGACAAGCGCCGCAAGGCCGAGACCGAGGCGAACGACCAGCGCCGCGCCGCCGAGGAGGCGCUCAGCCAAGCGGACGCAGUCAAACGAGACGCCGACGCGCGGAUGGCCUCGGCGAAGCGCGAGGCCGACGCGCGGCUCGCGGCGGCCCAGCGCGAGGCCGAGCAGCGCCUCGCGGACGCCCGGCGCGGCGACGCCGAAGCGCUGGCGGACGCGAAACGCGACGCGGAAGCGAAGCGCCGUGACGCCGACGCGCUCCGGGCGUCGAACGCGGAACUGCAGCGCGUUGCCGACCGACUGCGGGAGGAGCUCUCGGAAAUGGGGGAACUGCGGCGCGAGCUCGCCGCGGCGAGGACGCCACGCGACGACGCGCCGCCGCCGCCGCCGCCGCUCCGGAAUCCGCAGGUCGCCGAGCUCCAGCGCGAGGUGGAGCGCCUCACCGAGGAGGCCGAGAGCCGGCGCGCGACGAGCUUCGUCGAGGCGACGCGGCUCCGGGACGAGGCCGACGCGGCGCGUGCCGUCGCCUCGGACCUGCGGGACGACCUCCGCGCGGCCGAGGGCCAGCGCGACGAGGCCGUCGACGCCGCGCGCAAGCUCGAGCGGACGGUCGCGCGGCUCAAGGGCGACGUCGACGCCGCGGCGGGCCGGCGCGACGCGGCGGACGCGCGCGCCUUGCACGAGGCCGCCGCCGCGCUCGACGCGGCCCGGCAGGCGCAGCGCGCCGCCGAGGGCGCGCGCGACGGCGCCGUCGCCGACGCGGCGCGGCUGCAGGCGGCGCUCGACGCGGCGCGGACCGAGUGGCACUCCCCGCGGCGGCACGGCACGCCCGAGGGCGCCGACGUCACCCGCCUCGAAGCGGAGCUCGCCGCGGCCCGCAAGGCCGAGGCCGCGACGGCGGCGCGUGUAAGGGACGAGUGCCGCGCGGAGGCGGCGCGGCUCGAGGCCGACCUCAAGGCCGCGUCGCAAAAGGCCGAGGCCGCGACGGCGGCGCGCGUGCGCGACGAGUGCCGCGCGGAGGCGGCGCGGCUCGAGGCCGACCUCAAGGCCGCGUCGCAAAAGGCCGAGGCCGCGACGGCGGCGCGUGUCAGGGACGAGUGCCGCGCCGAAGCCGUGCGGCUCGAGGCCGACCUGCGGGCCGACCGGAGCGAGCUCAACUCGGCGAAGACGUCGCUGGAACACGAGCUUGCGGCCAUGACCCGCGAGCGCGACGUCGCGCUCGCCGCGUGCUCCGAGGCGAACGGCGAGCUGCGGGCGUUGAAACUGAAGCACGAGCUCGAGGCCGAGCUCGAGGCCGUGCGCACGCCGCCGCGGGACCACGCCGCGCGCGCCGACCGGGCCGAGCGCGAGAAGAUGGAGGCGGAGGCGCGCGAGGCCGAGGUCCGCGCGGAGUUCGCUGCUUUACGUAGAAGACUCGACGCGGCCGAGGCGCGGGCGGCGUCGACGUCCGACAGCGAGGAAGUCCCGCGGUCACCGGCGGCGGCUCUAAAUGAGGAGGUGUCCGAGGUGCUGCGUGAGGCCGACCGCAGCGUGCGGCAGAAUAUCAGGAGGGUGGAGACGUUCGAGAGCGGCGACGCGCCCCAGACGCCGCCGCGGUCGCGCGGCUUAAGAAGACGCGUCGCUGCUUUAGCGGAGGAGCGGGACGCGCUCCUGGCGAACGCCGAGAAGCGGAUCAGUUCGCUGACGGAGCAGCUCGCGCGCGUGACGCAGGAGCGCGACGCUGCAAGACCCAUCGUCGAGACGAGGGGCCGCGCCACACAAACCAAGGUCUACGGCCUCCAGCAGCGGCCGCGGAGCGCGCCGCCGUCGCCCCGAGGGUCCUCGGACGACGAGGACCGCGGCAAGUGGCGGAGAGCGGAAGAUGAGUUGAAAUCGUUAAGGAGGAUGCUCGAGGACGCCGCGGCCUCGGAGGCGAGGGCCGUCGCGUCGCUGAAACGGGACCUGGCGGCGGCCCAGGCCGAGCUCGACGUGUUGCGGACGCCCCAGAAGAAUCCCAUGGAGCAGGCGUUGGCCGCGGAAAAAAGACGACGAGAGGUCCUCGAGGCCGAGCUUUCUGAGGUGCGGCAGGAGCUCGAGAAAGUAAGUGCCGGCGAGGCGCGGGCCGUCGCCACGCUGAAAAGGGACCUGGCGGCCACGAAGGCGUCCUUAGAAAUACACAGCGAGCCGGCGGACACUUCAGUUGUGAAGCGGCUGCGGGACGCGCUGAACGAGGCCACUUCCGAAUUGAAUGAAGCACGGAGUUCCAUGAAGUCGCAAAAGAAAACGGCGGACGAGCUCGAGGCAUGCCGCAGGGCCCACGCCGCGGAGAAGCAAGCGGCGGAGGAACUGCGGCAGAAAAUUCACGAAGCGUCUCUCGUAAGAACGCCGCCUCAGACGCCGCCGCGCGAGCCGUCGUCGGACCACGCCGCGGCGGGCAGCACCGCGGGCCGCAUGCGCGCCGCAGCUUUAAAGAGCCUGCGCACUGAGCUCGAGCACGCGCGGGCCGCGCUCGCGGAGAUGCGCCUUCGCUCCGACCACACGGAGGAGUCCCACGUCAAGGCGCUGCAGCACGACCUGCGGCACGCGGCCGAGGAGUGCCAGGAACUCCACGACGAAGUGGCUAAAGAAAAGAAGCUCCGCGCGGAGAGCGAGGAGGCUUUGCGCAUGGAGCAGAGCGUCUUCGCCGAGGCGGAGAUGGCGCUGCGGGGCAAGAUCUCCGAGAAGGCGGGCGCGCUCGAGGCCGAGCGCCGGCUGCGGGCCGAGGCCGAGGCGUCGCUCCAGGACAUGGCGGCGGUGUCCGCGGCGCUCGGCGCCGAGCGCCGGCGGCGCGGCGAGCUCGAGGCCGCCCUCGCAGAAUUACAAAGGACGAGCUCCGAGAAGGAAUCUUCAUUAAGAGUGGACCUCACGACGGCCGCGGACGCGUUGGGUGCCCUGGACGAGGAACAUAGAACUGAGGCGGCCGCGCUGCGAAGCAACCUGGAGGCGCAGCACGAGGUCGAGGCGAACCUGCGCGGCGAGCUGGCCCACGCGCAGGACGCCCUGCAGGCCGAGCGCGCGGCCUGGGCCGAGGUCGAGGCCGAGGUCGAGAAUGAGAGAGAGCAGCGGACGCGGACCGAGGACGAUCUAAGAGAAGAGCUCCGGGCGGUGGAGGCGGAUCGGACUCGGACCGAGGACGACCUGCGCGCCGAGCUUCAAUCAAAAGCGGAGGCCCUGGCCGCGGAGCAGGCGGCGCGGAACCGCACGGAGGCGGCGCUCGCCGAGGCCGUGCGGCCGCGGACCGGCGACGUCGAGCGCCUCGAGACGCACCUGGUCGACCUCGCGGCCGCGGCGACCGACGAGGUCGACGCGCACCGGAACGCGGCACAGCGGCGCGCGGCCGAGCUCCAGCGCGCCCGGAGCGACCACGAGGCCCAGGCUUCCAAUGCGCAGCGGCGCAUCGCCGCGCUCGAGCGCGAGCUGGCCGCGGCCCGCACGGCGCUCGAGGACGCGAACGCCGACGACGCGGCCGCCGCGCAGACGAUCGAGACGCUCGAGCGCGAGCUCGCACAUGUCAGUUCGGGAGCGACGGCCGCGGCGCGCGCCCACGAGCGCGCCCUGGGCGAGGCGCGCGACGAGGCGGCCGCGGAGGCGCGGACCGCGCAGCGCAAGGACGCGGAGCUCGCGCGCGCGAACGACGCGCUGCAGGCGGCCACGAACGACCGGGACGCGGCCGAGGCCACGAUCCAAGGGCUGCGGCGCGAUCUCGUGCGCCGCGGCGACGCCCUGCGGGUCGCGGAGGAGGACCGGGACGCGACUAUACAACAACUGCAGCGCGAGCUGGAGGCGACGAAGCGCGACGCGGCCAAGUGGAAGGACGACGCCGACGCGCUGCGGACCGAGGCCUUCGUCGAGGCGACGCGCCUGCGGGACGAGACGCAGGACGCGCGGACUCGGGCGCGCGAGGCAGCGGCUGCGCAGGCCGAGCGGCUGACGGCCGCCGAGCGCGAGCGGGACGAGCUCCGGCGGAGCGCCGACGAGCGAGCGAAGCGGUUGACAGUCGUCGAGGGCGAGCGGGACGAGCUCCGGCGGAGCGCCGACGAGCGAGCGAAGCGCCUGACGGUCGUCGAGGGCGAGCGGGACGAGCUCCGGCGGAGCGCGGACGAACAAGCGAAAAGAAGCAUAACGCUGGAGCGCGACCUGGCGGCCACGCGCGCCGAGGCCGCGCGGCGCCUCGCGGAGCUCGACGAGGCGGAGGCGGCGACGGCCGCGGCGGCGCGGACCGCCGCGACGCUCAAGGCCCGCGUGGCGACGGUCGAGGCCGAGAACGAGGAGCACACGACGCGCAAUGCGACGCUCAAGGCCCGCCUCGCCGCGCUCGAGGGCGCGCUCGCCGCCGCGGAGAGCGCGCCGGAGCCGCUCAAGGCGCGCCUCGCGGCCCUCGCGCAGGACCGCGACCGCCUCGCGGCCGACGCCGACGCGCGCCUGGCCGACGCCGAUCGCCGGGCCGCGGAGCAGCGCCGCCGCGUCGCCGCGCUCGAGGCGGACGCCGAGGCCCAAGCCGCCAAGGAGGAGGCGCUGCGGCGCCGCGUCGCCGCCCUCGAGGGCGACGUCGCGGCGGCGGCCGCCGCCCAGACGCCGCUGAAGGCGCGCCUCGCGACGGCGACCGACGACUUCGACGAGGUGGCGCGGGACCGCGACGCGCUCGCGCGCCGCGUCUUCGCCCUCGAGGGCGACGCGGACGCGCGGGCGCAGGAGGCCGCGGGCUUGCGUCGGAAGGUGAGCGCGCUCGAGGGCGAGCUCGCCGCCCACGCGCCGCUGAAGGCGCGCCUCGCGGCCGCGGGGGAAGACCACGACGAGCUCGGGCGCCAGCUCGCGGCCGCGACCCGCCGCGCCGCCGCCCUCGAGAGCGACCUCGCCGCGGCGACCGCCGCGCAGACGCCCCUAAAGGCGCGCCUCGCGGCCGCGGCGGACGACCAAGAGGCGGCAGCGCGGGACCGCGAGGCACUUUCGCGCCGCGUCGCCACCCUCGAGAACGACCAGACCCAGGAAGCCGCCGACUUGCGUAGGAAGGUAAGCGCGCUUGAGGGCGAGCUCACCAACGCGGCGGCCGCCGCGCAGACGCAGCUCGCGGCCGCGACCCGCCGCGCCGCCGCCCUCGAGAGCGACGUCGAGGCCCAGACCCAGGCGGCCGCCGGCCUCCGCCGGAAAAUAAGCGCGCUCGAGGGCGAGAAGGGCGCGCUCGGCGUCGCCGCCGAGGCGCGGCUCACCAAGCUCGCUUCGGAAAAGGCCGCGGCCGAGGCGCGGUGUGAAGAGUUGCGGCGCGCCGCCGAGGCCGCCGCCGCGCACACAGCGACGCACAGCGAGUUUCAGGACGCGGCGACGGCGCGGCUGGCCGAGGUCGAGCGCGCGCGGCGGGCGCUCGAGGGCGAGCGCGACCGGCUUCAGGAGGAGCAAGCGGGUGUCGACGCGGAGCUCCGGGCGCGGACCGAGAGAGCUGAAGAGGCCGAGGCGCAGGCGUCGGCGCUGCGCCAGGACCUCGAGAUCGUCGCCGCCGAGCGCGACGCCCUCCGGGCCGAGGCGGCGGAGGCGCGGGACGCGCUCGAGCGCCGCGUCGAAGUCCUAGCCAAGGAGCGGGACGAGCUCCGGACCGCGUCGGAAGAAAGCAAGGCCAAGCACGAGGCGCAACAAAAAGCGCUGGGCGUCGCGUCCGAGGCGCGCCUCGCCCAGCUCGACGCGAGGCGGAGCAAGGCCGAGGCGGACUGCGAGCGGCUCCGCCGCGACCGCGCGGCCGCCGACGAGCGGGCGCGCGCGGCGCUCGACGAGGCCGACGCGCGCCUCGCGGAGCUCGGCCGCCGCGUCGCGCAGCUCACGCACGAGAACGGCGACCUGCAGACGGCCGCCGCCGCGGCGCAGCGGCGGCUCCGGGCCCUCGAGGGCGAGGUUACAUUACUUGGAGACGGCCCGCGCGAGGUCCAGGAGUUGAGGAAGGAGCUCCGGACCUUGAACGACGAGCGCGACGCGGAGGUGGCCCAGGUGCGCCGCGAGCUCGGCGCGAUGACGCGCGCGCGCGACGAGGCGCGGGAGACGGGGGACGAGGCGCGGGCGGCGCUGCGGCGCAAACUCGGCGUGGCCGAGGCGGAGGCCGAGAGUGCAAUCGCCACGAUAUCGGCGCUGCGCGGCGAGGCGAGUGAAAACGAGGCGGCCCUGGCGCAGCUGCGCCGGGAGCUCGCCGAUGCGACGCGGGCGCGCGAGGAGGGCGAGGCGGCCCUUUCUGCGGCCCGCGCGGACGCCGCCGCUUUGGUCGACGAGCGCGACGAGCUAGCGAGGCACAUCGACGACGCCGACGCCGUCGCGGCGACGCUGCGGCGCCAGGUCGCGGACCUGGGGACCGAGCGCGACGCGCAUGAACUCGAUGCGAAGAAGUCGGGCCGCCGCGUGCGGGAGCUCGAGCGCGAGGCCGAGGCUGCGGUCGACUUGAAGCGCCAGCUCGUCUCCCUAAAAACGGACCGCGACGACCUGCAGACGAUGAGCGACGCGCGGAGCGCGGCGCUGCACCGGCGCAUCUCGACGCUGGAAGCGGAACUCACGGAAGCCUCGCAGCGGCUCCCGCCCCUGCGGGCCGAGGUCGCGGCCGCCGAGGACGCGGCGCGCGAGGCCCGCCGGGCGCGCGACGACGACGCGAGCGCGUUCCGACGCCAGGUUGCCGCGCUCGAGGCGCGCCUGGCGGAGGCGGAGCGGCCUGCCGUCGCGACGCCCCAGCGCCCCGACCGGGACCAGUUGCUCGAGGACGCCGAGGGUCGCGUUCAAACCCAGCGGCGGGCGCUCCUCUCCGCGACGCACGAGCGCGACGAAGCCAUGGCGCAGUACGACGUUUUGAGAAGACGCAUCGCGUCGCUGGAAGCGGCGCUCCAGGAGCAGCGGGACGCGGCCGACCGCACGACGCAGCAAUUGCGGAGCGAAAAACGAGAUUUGGAGAGCGAGCGCGACGAGAUGAUGAGGCAGAAGGACCACGAGUGCGGCGCGCUGAUCGACGAGCGGGACCAGUUACUCGUGGACACGGACGCGCGCAUGCUCGCGCUGACCGCGACGGACGAGCAAUUGCGGCGACGGGUCCACGAGCUGGAAAGUGCCCUCGCGCAAGCGGUCGCGGACCCGGUGCGCGAAAAGGCCGAGGCCGCGCAGCUCCAGGCCCUGGCCGCGGCGACGGAGGCGAGCGAGGCGGCGUUGCUGCGUCUGAAGAAGGAUAAGCGGGACCUGCUUGGCGAACUGGAGGCGCAGACGGCGCAGUCCAGCGACCUCCGCCGCCAGCUCGCCGAGGCCGAGGCCACGUCCAGUACCUUGUACGCGCGCCUGAAGACCAUGUCCGAGGAGCGCGACGACCUCGUGCAGGCGUCCGACCGGGCGGCGGCGCUCCACACGAAGAGAACGGCCGAGCUUGAAAACGCAUUGCACGCGACGCCGCGCCACGUGCUCGAGGAGAUCGCUUCCCUACGGGAGGCGACCAACGCCCUCAAAGCCGACAAGGAGGCCCAGGAGGCGGCCCUGGCCCAGAUGGAAGAGGUCCACAAGGAUCGCGUCGCCGCCCUCGAGGCGGCGCGCGACGACCUGACCGAGCGGCUGGCCGACGUGCAGGAGGGCCCCUGCGCGCACUGCUACGCCGUCGCCGACGAGCGCGACCAGCUUUUGAACGACGCGGACUCCGUCGUCAACGAGCUGCACGCACGCGUCGCAUCUCUAGAAACGGAGCGCGACGACGCUUUGAAAACGGGCCACGACACCUCAUCUACGCUCCGCGCGACCGUGGAGCGUUUAGAAGCGGAAGCCGAGCAGCUCAACGACAAGUGCGACGCCGCGGACCAGCGGAGCGCCUCCCUGAAGGCGCAGCUCGCGUCCCUGGCCGAGGCCCGCGACGAGGCCGACCAGGCGCAGGAGGUCACGGCUCGCGCGCUGCGGCGGCGCGUGUCCGAGCUCGAGGCGGCGGCCGAGGUCGACGCCCACGAGGCCGAGGAGAAACUGCGGCGCAUCGCGGAGCUGGAACAGAAUCAAUCGGCCGUUGUGCGCACGCCGCCGCGCGCGCGGGGCCCGUCGCCGGAGACCGUCGCGCCCGUGAACACGCCGACGCGCACGGCCAUCGAGGCGCUGGUCGACGCGGAGACGGCGGCGUCGCAGCGCGUCCGGGACCUGCAGAUUGAACUAAGGAGCCGCGACGACGACGCCUUCCGUUUACGAAGGGAGCUCGAGGCGGCGCGAGCGGACGCGGAGCGCGCGAGAAGUGACGCGGAGCGCGACUGCGAGCGGACGAUGACCGCCCUGAGAAGGGAGGCCGCCGCGGCCAAGGACGAGCGCGUCCAGGCGGAGGAGGCGCACCGGGUCACGAGGAGACGGCUCGAGGAGGCCGAAGCGCACACGCCUCAGGACGACGUUAAGGCUCUACUCGCGUCGGAGCGCAUCCAGCGCCUCGAGGCCGACCUCGCGCUGAAGACGCGCGCGAGCGAAAAGACCGUGGCCCAGGCGUCGCUGCGCGAGCAGGGCGCGACCGUGCACGCCCACGCCGCAAAGGCAGCCCUCGCCGAGGCGGGCGCGCGCCUCCAGCGCUUCGCGACGCGCGUCCAGGAGCUCGUGGACUUGGAAGUGGCGUCCGGCAAAGGGCAAUCCUCGCCGGAGGGUCGGACGGAGCUCCGCGAGGUCGUCUGGGCCUUCGACGACGGGGCCCUGCGGGCCGAGGAGGGUCCGCUGACGACGGCGCUCGAGCGCGCCCGGAGCCGCGCGCUGGCCGAGGCCUCGAAGGCCUGCGACGCCGUUGCCGCGCCGUCCGUCAAGGCGCUGACGGAGCUCGUGUGCCGGACGCUGCCGGCGAGAAGGCGGAACGUGAAGUCCGACCGGGUCCCGGAGCUCGAGCGGGCGCUGGCCGCGGCGAAGGAGCGGUACGCGCAGCAUGCGAUCGACAUGGCCGAUGCCCAGGCUCAGUUAGCUGAAUUGAAGGACGGCUUGACGCAACUCCAUGCCCAAAACUCCACAUUGAGUGAGCAGCUCGACGAGAAGACGCGCGUGGCCGAGGCGGCGCGGCGCGAGGCGGUGGAUGCCGUCAAGCUCGCCCGGGAGGGCUCGCACACGGCGCUACGCGACGUCGACGCCGCGCGCGUCACUCUGGAGGCCGAGGCGGAGCUCCGGAACCGGGAGCACGCGGCGGAGGUCGAGCAGCUCACUCAGGAAGCCGAAACGCACAAAGCGCGGGCGGAGAGCAGCGCCCAAGAGGCGGCGACGGCAUUGGCCCAAGUGGCUCAUCUCGAGGGCGAAGUUGAAAAUCUCCAGCAAGGAGAAGAGACGCUCCAGGCCCAGGUCGCGCACCUCGAGGGAGAGCUAGAAGCGUUACACGACGACGCCGAGCGCGCCGAGCGGCUCCUGCUCGUCCGGUGCCAUGCUUCCAAGAAGCGGGCGGUCGCGCGGGCCCUGAGGUAUGCGGAAGCGACCGUAUCGGCGGCCGUCGAACGACUAAGGCGCGCGACGCCGCCGUCGGAAGUAAAACUUCCGGAGAGCGGGAUGAUCGCGGUCCUCGCCGCGGCCGAGAUCGACCGGCCCGUGCUGGACUUCGACAAAGUGACCCUCGCACCACGUGUGGUGGAGGUGCCCGAGAUUACUCUCCCGGACGUCUUUGCGCGGCUCAACGUCGCAUCGCUCGAGAACGCGUCCGUUAUCGUCGACCCCGCCGCGCUCGCGGACGCGGCGCGCGCGACCGACGAAGUCCUGCGCGCCGCGCUGUCGGCGCCCACGCGAGCGGCCACGAGAAGCAGCCCCCACCUCGACGACGACGCCACGUUGAAGGUCAUCGAGGAGUUGAGGCUCGCGGCGACGGCGCUCGGCGACAAGUACGAGACGCGCCUCCACGAGGUCACUAGCUCCCGCGACGCCGCCGUGGCGCGUACCGGCGAGCUGGCGGCGGCGCUGUCGGAAGAGCGAGGCCUUGCGGCCGAGUGCGACGCGCGCGUCGCGGCGCUCGAGGAUUCUCUCGACCAACAGGCGCAGGACCACGCCACGGAGAUGCAGCAGCGCGAGCACCAAUUGCGCCUCGACGCGGACGAGGCGCUCCAGCGCGGCGUGCAACUCGCGGCGGAACAAGCGGCGACGGCGCGCGACGCCCACUGGGAGCGACGAUGGGAGGUUGCCGCCGCCGAGCAGGCGGCGAAGAACGGCGAGCUCGUUCGACGGCUCCACUCGUCGGUGAAGGAGCGGAACGAGGCCGUCGCGCAGGUGCGAGACGCUCUCAGGGCCGCCCGGGCCGCGCAGCAAGCUGUGGACGAGGUGUCUAUUGGACCGUCCGAGGACGUCGCCGCCGAGCUCGCCAAGGCCACUUCUGAGUUAGCGGACGCGAAGGCCGCGGCCGUCGCGGCGUCGAAGGCGGCGGCGCGCGAGCGCGACGACGGCCAGAAACGCUUGGAGGCGGCGGAGCAACGGCGCGUCCGGGAGCUCUCAAAGCUGGAGGACGAGUGGCGCGCGAAAUGCGCGGAGCAGGUCAAACGGGCGGAAGGUGUCGGCGAGGACCGGCUGGAGAGGCGGAUGAGGCAAGCCCAGGAGGACCUCGAGGCGGCGCGGGCGUCGUCGACCGAGGCCAUCGCCGCGGCGCACGGCCGCAGCGACGAGCGGCUGGCGCGCGAGCGGUCCAUGCGGCUCGCCGCCGAGACGGAACUCACGGAGGUCGAGCGGGCGAAGAGCGACGCCGAGCGCUUGCUGGCGAAGGGUCUCGAGGAUUUGGAGGCCGUCAUCCAGGACCGGGACGCGCGGCUCUUGCGGGCGUCCGAGGCGUCGCGCGAGGCGGCCGCCGACUUCGAGGAGAGGUUGGCCAACGGCGCGGCGGCGGCCGAGGCGGCCGAAUCUAGCUUGCGCGAGGACUUCGAGGGGCGCGUCGCCAAGCUGAACGAGGAGCUCGCAUCGAAGACCGCCGAACACGCGCAUCUGCAGGACGUGGCGCGCACGACAGAGGAGCAGCUCCGCCAGGUCUUGGACCGGGACGUCACGCACCGCGGGACGCAGAGCGUAGAGGUACACCGCGUCGACCGGCCGGCGCAGACGCAGAUCUAUGGGCUGGAGGUCGUGCCCGACAAGCCCCGCCGGAGGAAGAAGGACACGUCCGCGGUGGACCGGCGCUUCGAGGACGCGGCGGCGGCGCGGGCCGCCGCCGAGGCCAAGGCCGCGUUAGAUUUACGGGCGACGGAGGCGCGGUUCGCGGAGCAGUUGGCGGCUCUGCGGUCCGAGCGCGACGAGGUGGCGACGCUGAAGGCCGAGCUCGCGACGCGGACGCUUCAGAACCAGGACGAGGUCGAGGAACUCCAAAAGCGCCUGAGCGAGGCGACGGCCGAGGGCCAGCAAGUGAUGGCGCUGCAACAGCAGCUGGAAGAGGCCUCGACCGAGCUCAAGCAAGCAAAGGCUGACGCUGUCAAACGCGGCGAGGGCCUCGCGGACACAUUGAAGGCCCUCGAGGCGCGCCUGGUCGAGACCGAGGAGAGCCGGUCGAAGCUCGAGCUCCAGGCCGAAGAGACGCAGUCGCAGAACGAGCACCUCCAGCUGAAUUUGAGCGUGGCCCGGCGCGACGCCGAGGCCAGGCGCCAGGUCCACGACAAGAAUUUGACUGAUCUCCAGCUUUCAUUGCGAGAGUGCCGCCAGGAGCUCCAGGGCUCGUUACAGGCGGAGAAGGGGCUCCGGCAGACGGUGGCUCUCCUCGAGGGUGAAGCCGAGGCGAGGAAGCGAUUGGAGGCGGAGGUGACCGAGUUGCGGUCCAAGGCGGAAGCCGAUGCGUCAUCAACCGGACGUGAACUGGCCGAGCUCAAGCGAGACCUCGCCCAGGCGCAAUCGGAACUCGCCGUGUCGUCCCAAGUUGUUCCCGAGUCGCCGAUGGUAAAACGGCGCCUCGCGCGCCUCGAGGGCGAGCUCGCCGAGGCGUUGGAUGGCAUCGAAACGGCGAGGGAUGAGCUCAAUGAGGCCAAGCGACGAUUUAAGAAGGCGCUCGACGCGGCCCAGGCCGAACGCGACGCGCUGGAGCGCGACGCCGAGGAGACGGUGAAGAAAGCGCGCGCGACGGCCGAGGCGUCGGUCGCGAGCGCGCGCGCCGAGGCGGCGGACGCCGUGCGCCUCGCGCGUGGAUCGGCCGAGCAGGCGUCGCGCGACGUCGACGCUGCGCGCGUGACAUUGGACGCCGAGGCGGCGGAAAGGCACCAGGCGCACCAGCGGGAGCUCGCCGAGAUUGCUGGCGCUCGCGACGCCGCGCUGGCGGCGGCGGCGUCUGCGACCGACGAGGCGGCGCGGCUCCGGGAGGCGCUCGACUCGUCCGAGGCGCUCCGGGCCAUCGACGCGACGCCGCCGCGGCGCGUGCGCUUCGAGGCGGGCUCGGACGGGUCGGGCUGGCGCGGCACGUCGGACGACGAGUCGCCGGUCUGGCGCGGCGACGAGAGCGCCGUCGUCGCGGGGCUGCGACGGGAGCUUGCGGCGGCGAGGGCGGCGGCGUCGCCCGCGGCCGUGGCGUCGGAUGACGAGGAGAGCCCCGCCGUCGCUUCACUCAAGAGGGAGCUUGAGGCGGCGCGGGCGGCCUUGACUGAUCAACGGUUACGGGGCGACCCGGCCGAGGACGACGCCGUGGCGCGGCUGAGGGAGGCUCUAGGUAGAAAGGACGACCAGUUGGAAGUCCUGGAAGACGAGGUGUCGCGCUGCCGGGCGGACGUCGAGCGGCGGCGCGGCGUCGAGGAGGAACUGCGGCGCGAGCUCCUCGCGAAGACGAGCUCGACGCCGCCGUCCGGCGCCAAACUGCUCCGGACGCUGGCGCAUGGCGACGAGGAGAGCGCUGACAUCGAGGCGCUCGCGCGUGACCUGGAAGAGGCACAGGAGACCAUCUCAUCCCUCGAAGAGGCUGCCGACGAAGCUCAGCGGACCAUCGAAACUCUGGAGACGGCGGCGGCCCAGGACGAGGCGGCGCUCGAGGCCUACGACUGGAAGCUGGAAGAAGCCCAGGACCGCGCUGCCGCGCUAGAGGACGAAAUAAGGGCGGCGCGCGACGCCGCCGCCGAAGCACGGCGGCGCGCCUCCGCGCUCGAUGAUGAGAUAAAGGCGAUGCGCGAGACCGUCGCCGAGACCGCCACGCUCCGCGGGGAGCGGGACGAGGCGCGACGCGCUCUCGACGAGUCCCAGGCGCUCCUUGGGACUUCGCGAGGCGCUGAAGCGAAGGCGACGGACGACCUCGCGGCCCUACGUAAAGCUCAUGAGGACGCCGUCGCCGCGCAGGCGACGGACUCAUUACGCGUCGGGCGCCUCGAGGCCGCGCUCGAGCAGCAUGGCACCGACCUCGUGGCGGCGACCGCGGCGGCGGCUCGCGCGGAAGGAGCCCUAUCCCGUAAGGCGGACGAGGUGAAACGGCUCGAGGCGAUAAUCCAACAGAAGGAGCAGGACACCGUCGAGGCGAGCCGCAAAAGAGAUGCUGAUGACCACGCGGCGGUGGAACGCCUCCAGGCGUGCUUGAAAGAUCGGGAGACCGAGACGGCCCGCGUGUUGGACCAAGCUAAGGCAAACGCGGUGGCUUGCAUGGCGAAGUAUCAGUUGUUGGAAGCGUCGUCUGCGACGAGCAGCGCGCGAGUGCGGGCGCUUGAGGAGCGCAUGGCGGGUCCGCGGCCGGUGUCCGUCCGUCUCCGUAGUGUUUUUUACCAACCGUACGCCAUCGACGCGACGCCUCACCCGUCGUCCCGCGCAGCUCAAACCGCCGCUGUCGCCAUUUUGAAUGAUGAGAGAGAUAAGGAGCUGCGCAAAUUAAGGGAUGCUGCCCUCGAGGCUACGCCACUAGCUUUAGCAGGCUCCAGGCGAGAUAAUGCGUCGCUGCGGCGGGCCCUCCAACAAGCUCGCGCCGAAGUCCAGUCGCUACGACGCCUUCCUCCUCGUAUCUCCGACGCAUCACGAAAAGCAGCGGAGGCGCUAAAGCAUGAGCUCAAUCCAAAUACGACGCCGCAACGCGUCGACGCCCUGAAGGAAAGGAUUGUCCGGCUCGAGGCCGAGCGCGACGCGCUCCGAAACAAGCUAUCAAAGAUUCCAAACGCGAGCGUGGAAUUGAAUGCGUUGCGCGCCGAGGUCCAGGCCGCGCGCGACGAGGCCCUGCGCGCGCGGACGGACCUCGCGGCCGGGGGCGACCUCAGCGGACGGCUCGCGGCGGCCGAGGACCGCGCGGCGACGCUGACGUCGCUGAAUGCCGGACUCGUGCGGAAGUGCGAGCGGCUCCUGGCGGAGAGCGGUCGUCCGCCGGCUUCUUCUUUGUAA